ACCAAGGCUAGCGGUUAGCCAGCCACCAGCUACACUGACAGCUUGAGUGAAUUAGCGCAAACUGGAACAUCGGCGCGGAUUUUGUUGCCGACCCGGGUCUCUCUAGUGUUGUUCGAAACUGAGCCGUCCCACAUUUUGGAGUUAAGUCUUGGGAGGAGCCACGUGUACAGGAACUGGAGCCUGACAGCUUUCACUGACUGUAUCCACCGCAGGCAAUCAUGGCUGUUUGGAGGAAACUGUGGUGCAGAAACCUCAUGGCUGCGUCUCUGCUUGUCUGUAUCCUGCUCCACACCAUGGAUGUGCAUGCACGGCCAGCCAACAUGUCAGCCUCUAAAGAUAAGCUUCCGGCCAGCAAGGAUGAGAAUGAGAUUCUUCCCCCAGACCACCUGAACGGGGUGAAGAUGGAGAUGGACGGCCACCUCAACAAGGACUUCCAUCAGGAAGUUUUCCUGGGGAAAGAGAUGGAGGAGUUUGACGAGGACUCAGAGCCCAGGAGAAACAGGAAGAAGCUUAUUGACAUUUUCACCAAAGUAGAUUUCAACAAGGACAGGAGCGUCAGCGCCAAGGAGAUGCAGCGCUGGAUCAUGGAGAAGACGGAGGAGCACUUUCAGGAGGCCAUGAAGGAGAACAAGAACAGUUUCCGCGCUGUUGACCCAGACGGCGACGGUCAUGUGACAUGGGAUGAAUACAGAGUCAAAUUUCUGGCCAGCAAAGGUUUCAAUGAAAAAGAAAUUGCUGAGAAAAUAAAGAAUAAUGAAGAUCUGAAACUGGAUGAGGAAACUCAGGAGGUUUUGGAAAGUCUGAAGGACCGCUGGUUUCAGGCUGACAACCCUCCAGCUGACCAGCUGCUGAAUGAGCAGGAGUUCCUGUCUUUCCUCCACCCCGAGCACAGCAGAGGCAUGCUCAAAUACAUGGUCAAGGAGAUCGUCCGGGACUUGGACCAGGAUGGUGAUAAGAAACUCACCCUGUCCGAGUUCAUCUCUUUACCCGUGGGCACCGUGGAGAACCAGCAGGCUCAGGACAUCGACGACGACUGGGUUCGAGAGAGGAAGAAGGAGUUUGAGGAAGUCAUCGAUUCAGACCGUGAUGGCAUCGUAACUAUGGAGGAACUGGAGGAGUACAUGGACCCGAUGAACGAGCACAACGCUUUGAACGAGGCCAAGCAGAUGAUUGCCGUCGCAGACGAGAACCAGAAUCAUAAUUUGGAGCUGGACGAGAUUCUCAAGUAUAGCGAGUACUUCACAGGCAGCAAGCUCAUGGAUUACGCCAGAAACGUCCACGAGGAGUUCUGAGGAGAAAUCCAUCCUCCUCUGUCUGCUCAGCAAGGCAGGGCGGUAUCCUACAUCUGCUUCAGGGACGAGCCGGUAGAGAGGGGCAACCUAAUGAUAGGAUGUUUCUAUUGUGCAAUUCUGUGUUUAAAGCCUAGCCUCAACGGCCUCUUUCACUGCUGACUCCAGUGAACACACCCUUCCCUCAACCCUGGACUGUCUGCCAAACAUCAGAGGUAACGUGGUCUGCCUUCUGUGUGCCAUUGGGACUUUUUGACCUUUUAAAUGUUGAGGCAUUGCACCAACUCCAAAUUUCUUUGUGUUAUAUUGUGAAAUGUGUGUAUAUGAGGAAUUUUAACCCUGAGUAGACUCCCUGGGCCAGUGGUGAGAGAGACUGCGCAGCUAGGCCAGCUAUUUGUGCUGCAGGAUCAUGUUGUUUUUAGCUGGCGUGUCUGUAUACAGUGUAAAUAUUCAUCAUCGCAUACUAAUGCAAAAAAGUUGAAAAAAUGAAUGUAAUGCUGCUGAAAGGAACAACUCUUCUAGAGAAAUCAUAUCAUUAUAUAAAUGAUGAAACACUAACUAUCUGCUAGCACUGCAUUGCCCAAAUUGUAAAGGUGAUUUUUGUCAGUCGUGGUGUACAAUUUCACUGGUUGGUAUCCGUCCAUCUACAGUACUUAAAAACAGGGUAUCGGUAAAAAUAGAAGUAAUAGUAAUAAAAAAUAAAAAAAACGCCUCAAUGACAUA